AUGAAGAGUUGGCUAGAAACCGCCAGCAGCAUGGAAGAUGGAUCACUACCUUGUAUGCUGGCUGAGCCAAGAGAGGCCUUACUACCCAUUACUGGUAGAGAAAACUUGGCUCCGAGGAAAAGAGAUAGGCCAUUAGAGCCGUGCUCUCUAUCCGAAGAUGCAUACCUAUCAAGCGGAACGGGGUCGCCAUGCGCAGGCCUGUCUCGAGAGGAACGCAGACGCAGACGAAGAGCGACCUUGAAGUACCGAACAGCCCAUGCCACGAGAGAAAGAAUCAGAGUAGAAGCCUUCAACGCUGCCUUUGCAUCGCUCAGAAGACUUCUGCCAACCUUACCACCAGAUAAGAAACUAUCAAAAAUUGAAAUUCUCCGCUUAGCGAUUUGUUACAUUGCUUAUCUUAAUCAUGUUUUAGACGCAUAA